AUGUCUCGUUAUGAUCUGCAAUGCGCCACAGUUGUCACGGGACUGCAACAUUUUGAUGGCGAUACUGGGGUAAGGAUGGCUCCGAAAGUAGGUACUUUCGGUACCUACCGAAAUCGAAAGUCUACCGAAAGUACUUUCGAACAGGGUUUGGUUUACCGAAAUGUUCGAAAGUCGAAAGUUCUACCGAAAGUCGAAAGUUCUACCGAAAGUCGAAAGUCCUACCGAAAGUCGAAAGUCUUACCGAAAGUCGAAAGUCUUACCGAAAGUCGAAACCCUUACCGAAA